AAUUGUAAAUGAAACUACUGUGAUGUGAUUUUUAAUUUAGUUACAUAAAAAUAAAACUUGUUAAUUAAAUGAACGCAAUAAAUUUGUUACUGUGAUGAACUUUAACAAUGUUUAACAAAAACACGCUUUUUUCAAUAUUAGUAGCUAUAAAUUAUACUCGAACAUAAUUUACCAAUCAGAAUGGACGAAAAAAGGGUGGCAGAUUAUUUUGUGGUUGCUGGAUUGCCAGAUAAUCCAGAACUAUUGGAAGAUUCUGAUUCAGGGCACCUCAAAGGUUACAAUAGCAAGGCACCCAUUACUGAUAUAGGUGUAUUGUUUCCGGGACUCGGCGAGACAGUGCCAAAUGGUUACGAAUUGCUAGAGGUAACACCUUCCGGGUUACUAGCAGAUUUGAACCAUGGGUCUAUGCGGUCACCAGAAUGCUUUCUUUGUAUACGACGGGGGAGGGAUCGACCGCCACUAGUAGACAUCGGCGUGAUGUAUGAGGGUAAAGAGCGUCUAAUGGCGGAUGCUGAAAUGGUCCUCAAAUCUGUCGGCGGUCGACUUGCUAACGUGAACAACUCGUCUGCGAAGACGUAUAUAACGUACCGGCGCGCGCACGCAAGCGCGCCGUGCAACGCGCUUGUUGUGGUCGACGUGUGCGUUAUAGUGGCCAGUAAGGGAGAGUGUCCACCGCACGCUUUCUGUAUGAUCGCAAAGAAUUUAAAUAAAGGUUUAAUGGGCAGUGAUGUGUAUCUCUGUUACAAAAAGUCAAUGAACCGUCCGCCGCUAAUCGCUUACAAACCAGAAGUUCUUUUUAGGUAUCCAACAACCGACCGACGAAGUCUAGUAUUUCCCACAUCCGUACCGCUUUUCUGUUUACCAAUGGGCGCAACACUGGAACUAUGGCCAAACUUAGCCGCACAACCGAAACCGGUGUUUUCAACAUUCGUAUUAACGGUUGCUGACGCUACUGACAAGGUGUACGGUUCAGCGGUAACAUUCUACGAGAGUUUCCCACACGCUCAACUUACGGAACAACAAGCGGAGACGCUAGGCUGGCGGACGGGUGUGUCCCACUCUACGCACUCGCUACAUGCGAAUAAGUGUAUCUGUUUAUUGUCAAGAUGGCCGUUUAGCGACACUUUUGAGCGGUGGUUACUUUACAUACUGGAAAUGUCAUGGAGUAAACAACCUCUAAGUAUACCCAUUGAACGGUAUAUUGUUCACUUAUUAGAAGAAGUUCCAUUUCCAGAACCAAGGAUAUUACUACAGCUCUCACCGACAAACCCACAAGACCGAGUGAUAGUAACUCGUUGCGAUGACCAACCACUGGUGCGAAGCGGUGCUGGGUUCAGACAGUUGCUACUUAAUUUAGGACCAGACAACUGUUUGUCGUUACUCGCUUUAGCAAUCACAGAACAGAAGAUACUCAUACACUCACUAAGGCCUGACACGUUAACAGCCGUUUCGGAAGCGGUAUCAAGUCUUUUGUUCCCCUUCAAAUGGCAAUGUCCGUACAUACCUCUCUGUCCUUUAGGUUUAGCUGAAGUACUACAUGCUCCGUUGCCGUAUUUAAUAGGCGUAGACUCGAGAUUCUUCGAUCUCUUCGAACCACCACCCGAUGUGACAUGUGUUGAUUUGGAUACAAAUAACAUUACUAUUUGUGAGUCGCUCCGUGAUAUAACAUUGCCAAAAAUGUUACCAAAGCGGCAAGCAAAGAUUUUACGGCAAACUCUUGAUAUACUCCAUGGUAGCAUACGACCGGCGUCCCCAAUUCACUAUUCAAGUGACAGUAAAUACAAUGGAGAACCGACCACAAGUUUAGAUAGAGAUUUCCAAAGGAGAAGAAAGGAGCAAGCUUUAGAAUUGAAAAUACAAGAGGCGUUUCUCCGGUUCAUGGCGUCUACAUUACAAGGAUAUCGCAGCUACCUAAUUCCUAUAACAAAAGCGCCUACAGUUGGUACUACGGAUCCACACGCUUUGUUUCACAUGGAUGCGUUUUUGAGUUCUAGAGAUAAGACCCACCGCAGUUUCUACGCCCUGAUGAUGAGAACGCAAAUGUUCACCCGAUUCAUCGAGGAACGGUCGUUCGUGUGUGAUGUAGACCAAGGGCUGACGUUCUUCGACGAAUGCAUCGAGCGUGUCGCGUCUUCAUCCGAAGGCGUGUUGCUGGGAAGCGACGCGCCUGUUUCCGAUCGGACAGUGUUUGUGUUACCGCCUGAUCCUCCUGACCCUGAAGCAACAUAUACGUAUGAGAAACUGGAUCUGGACCCGGGGCUGGUAGCGAAGUGCCGCAGCCGUGGCCGUAACGACCCCAGCGGUGUACAACUACUGCCCGCGGCUGCGCUCGCCUCCGCCGAGUCACUAGUCGACGCCUCGCCAAUGGCACGCCGUACCAAGCAUGAAAUCGCAGCCGCACAGAGAUUAGCUCGUAAAGCCAAUUUAUCACCAGAAUCAUGGGCUAAAUGCUUACUGGGUGCCUGUUAUUCUCUAUAUUUUCUAACACUGCCGUGUCGAUUAAUGCUACUCCGAGGCAAAGAACACGCUACCCUACGGUCUGCUUAUGAGUUGCUCGAGCGAGCUACAAAGCUUAAGGUCCCAUGUGAUGAGGUGUGCUACCGCGUAAUGAUGCAGUUGUGUGGUAUCCACUCGUUGCCGGUCCUCGCAGUACAACUGUUGUUUCUGAUGAAGCGCGCCGGCCUACAGCCCAAUGCGCUCACAUAUGGUUACUAUAACCGCUGCGUGUUAGAAACUGCAUGGCCGCAAGAUAUGCCUAGUGGAUCCCAACUACUGUGGAACAAGCUACGUAUAGCGGUGAUGGGCGCGGCACUAUUUCGUAAGGCCGGUGCACAGCGCGCAAGCCGAAACGCUGCGGCCGCUGCUACUACAGCUACCACUGUCCCUACCACUACCGUAGUUGCUUCAAAUGCUACUCCUGCUGCCGGUGAAAGCGGCUCGUUACCGCGCGUACGGUCGACGGCAACUGUAGGCGAAGGUUCAGAGUCAGCAACACUAGCCGCCAGUCGCACCAGCCUCGAUUCAGCGGGGCGUCGUUCAAGCGCAUGGGAAGCCCUAUGCAAACGAGAGACCAUCGUACGAGCCGCACCUGCGCGACCCAUCGCGCCCGCACUCUCCGCAGCCGCCGGGAUACUUAUAUCCGGUUUACCUUCUAACCCUGAUCUUAGUGAAAAAACUAGACUUCGAAGUAAUUCAUUAGGAAAUGACGAUUUGACAAGUCCACCGCCUCUCAAAAUGGCUGAAAAAAGACAGACAAUACAUGUUAGCCCAGACAGUCCAACAGAUCUUAGGAUUUUAACUAGAUCAGAAAGUUUUGCUGGUGAUGCUCAAAUUAUUCAGAAUUUACAAAGGCUGUCAUUUAAUAGUGGUGGUACAACGAAUAGUAAGUCGCGAUGUAGUCGGACUCUAAGUUUCCCGGAGGAACCGGACAAAGAGGCAGCUGCGACUGAAUCCCUGGAAAAGGCUAAAGAUUCCCCACUAAAGGUGUCGCCCCGUACGCCAGUUCUUGCAGACGACCCACUGGGCGCUCUAAACCUGGCUCCCACAUCACCAGAAGCACCUCCCCCGCCAGCAGAAGAGCCACCGUCGCCGUCACCGCUACGACACGAGUACAGCGUCAGCCCAAAGCUGUUCCACCGCCGUUCCUCAUUCCAGGACGACACGCCUGAACCGCAAGGGAAACUGCACAGAAGUGAGACGGCGCCGGGUGGCACUGUAUCAUCUAGUCUCGCCACGCUCGGGAAUACACUCAAAAUUAACUUUGGACGCUAUUCGCCAGCCAGACUGUCCUUGCGAAAGGAAAACAUGAAAAUCGGAAAAGCAAUGAUCGAGACCUAUUUCAGUCCCUCAAGUAUAGCGGGAAAGAAAUCGAAUGAACUUCUACAAAGUGGGCUGAGCAGCCUCAAAUCGGCAGCAACGAGUGUGGCGAAGAAGUUUGACGAAAUGAAAGAAGUUAUAUCGGCGAAUUCAACGCCGGUAAAAGGGACCAUUGGUAAUUACGCCACCAGUGCAUUAAACAUCCUGAUAGCUGAAGAGGACUCGACUGACGGCUCAUCAGAAGUAACUACUGACGAGUGGAAUGGCACUACAUCGUUCCCGCGCGCUUCCAGCGACGCCGAACUUGCAUGUGCGAUGGAACGUGGCUCGCUCGCUACACUUCUCUCGCAUUUACCCGAUAAUCUUUACCCCACACAUAACGAGCAAAGUACGCAGACCCCGGUUAGCGUGGUAGUUCACAUGUCGUCAUGCUCGCAAUGCCACCAGUGCUUGGCGCUGCUGUAUGACGAGGACAUAAUGGCGGGUUGGGCGGCCGACGACUCGAACCUCAAUACCCGCUGCACUGCCUGCGGUCAACACACUGUGCCACUGCUCACUGUCCAGAUAAUUCGUACUAAUCAAACACAAACCGAAGUGUUGAACGUGCCUUAUUUGAAUCCUCUCGUGCUGAGGAAAGAGUUUGAAUCUAUUCUAGGUAGAGAAGGUGAUGCGUGUCUCUCGGAAGCUGAUUUCGUAGAAUCGCAUCCAAUUGUGUAUUGGAAUUUGGUAUGGUUCCUAGAACGUGCCAAUAUUGAGAACCAUUUGCCUGAAUUGUUAUGUCCCGAUUAUCAGUCCAAGUAUCAAAGUUCCGACGCUUUGACUGACGUCGAGAAAUUAGGCUGCAGCGUCCAAUGCAGCUGGGAUGUAAGCCGCCUGCACAGUGAAGCGGGCGCAGCGCUGUAUCGAGCGUGGCGAGCUCGCCGCACACACACGCAGCACUCGCGAGCGCUUCAAGCGCUUUUACUCACCGAGCACCACGCCAAUGCCACUCACUCUGUGGCAUUAACCGUGCUUAAUGGCUUGCUAAGCAAUGACCUAUCCGAUGCUCUGCGUAAACUUGCGUCUUGGCGGGAAACCACUUCUGGGAACAAACGGUACCACUCGUUCUACCGAGACAUCCUGUUCCUGGCAAUGGCAGCUCUGGGGGAGUACAACAUAGAUCUAGUCGCCCUACAGAGAGAAUAUACACGAGCUCUCGAACAGCUCGGCGACGAGGUACGACCUCAAGACCAACCGCCUUCUCCCACCGCCGUCUGCUGCAGGCACUACUUCAAACGACUGGCCCUCGCAUUCGAGGAAUGAUACUUACUUUUACUUUAGAAUUACAGUACAUCUGCAUGCAGCGCAUUAUUGAAAUAACCAGCGGUAUUUGUACUUCUCACGAAGGUACCGAUUCCGAAGAGACACUCUCUAAAUCAAUCGCUAAAUCUGAAAUUUUGAUUUGUGACAUUGCCUAAGGUAUUAUUAUCAUUAUUAAUUUUGACUUAAAAAGACGACAUGAAUUAAUAAUGAUUUGUCUUUAGCAUGGUAAUUUGAAUAUUUAAUUUUAGAGAAUGGUAAUUUUCAAUCGAAUUGACUAUUUUAAGGUGAGUUUAGUAUAUAAAGAAAGAGCACAGAACAAAAUUUACUUUAUAGAGCCAGGUGGGUUUGAAUUAAAACACUAUUUUUCAAUCUUUUUAGAAUCGCGACCCACUAAAUAGUAGAACAGUAAAAUGUGACAACAUUUACUACAAUACGUUCAAGACACUGUAAAGUUUAAAGUUUAUAAUUUACCUUAAUCUUAGUGGUUGUUGUAGUAUUCGUAUGUAGUCAUACAUAAUUAUUUUGAGAUAUCCAUCAUAACACUAGGCAUUUACUGCAGUUUUCUUCUUCAUUUGCACAGAGUGAAAUAAAAUUUUAAAGAGAAUAUUGUAUUUCUAUUGAUCGGAACACGAAAUUAUUCCACUAGUGCAACAAAUCGGAUGUGAAUUAAUGUUGUAAACCCAAACGAAGCAAAUAAUGUAUAAUUUGUUUGUGAUUUUUUACAUAUCGACCCUAAUUAAAUUAGUUACAUUUUCGUGCCAUUAAUAUUAGUUCCUUUCAUAUUAGUAUACAUGGUACAUACACAUUUUUAUUGAAAUUAGAGUGUUCUAUAGGACUGUAUUACCUGUCAAAAAUAACACAAUGUAUUUUAUAAAUUAUACUAGUGAUUAGCAUACUGGAAUAUAAUUGCACUUCGAAAGAUUUAGCAACAAUUUGAUAUGUACGGUUGUGAAGUUACAACUUAUCAACCCUUAAAACAACAGCAAUUGCCUGCUACUUCGUCCGCGUGAAAUUAUUUUUAUUAAAAUAAAUAAAAUUUUUAAAAUAAAUGUUGCCUAAAUUACUUCUUAGAACUCUUAGAGCUCUCUGCAAGUCAAAAUCGGUCCAGCUGUUUCAGAGAUUAUGAAAAAAGACAUAUUUUUUUAAAUAAAAUUUUGAUGUAUUCAAGAUCACUCAUACUCUAUCUAUCUAUCUACCAGUAACAUUCUAUUUAACGUUUUAGUUAUAAAACCGCAAAAGUAGUUGAUUUUUUGAGAGGUAAUGCAGAUGUUGUUUACUUUAUGAAACCUAUUUUAAUCUAAGAUAUUUUUAUACGUAAAUUGCAGAGAUGAAGUCACUCGUAUUAUAAAGACAUUGCAAAGAUAUAAACUGCUUAAGAAUGAAAUACUUUAUGUGUGUGUGUCUCUUAACACAACCUGGGUUGGAAAAACGUCAUUAUUGAAUAAAUAUAUUCCAUAAUGACGUUUAAUUAUACAUUUAAGUUUCAAUUAUGUAAAAGAAAAUAUCGCGUCAGUGCCGUCCAUACAAUUUCACGCGAAAAUAAAGUAUGCCAUUUGAAUCCGACGAACUUCUACAGCCCGUCCAAUUUGUUCGGGAUACUCAGUUUGGUAUUGCUCCACGUAUGAAUAAAAAUAAAUAACUGAAGUAUCGUGGAAAUUAAUAAAAUUCAAUCAAAAACUAUUAAUAUGAAUUUAGAUAUUUGAAAUAUUGGUAGGUUUGAUAAUAUAAAUAAAAGUCGUUAUCCAUUUCGCCCACUUAUAUUUAUUUGACAGAUAUUGCUUGUGACGCAAUGUUUGUGUAUAUACAAAAAAGUAUUCGUAAAAAGCACAUUGAAUAUAGUAUUUUCAUUAUCAGUGUGUUUUAUCACUUCUUAUCAAAGCUAUUUUAGAAAUUAUUAAACAUUUCAAUUGUAAAUUUCAGUGUUUUCACUUCAAUAAAAGAAAUUGUUUUUAUGUAUAAAAUAUAUAUUACUAAUUAAUUAUGAAGUAAUUUGAUUGCUGUUUCUUAUAUUAAUCAUUCUGAUUUUCGCAUAUCUAUUAGUUUAAGAAUGUGGGUGCUACAGGCAACUGUAUGGGUUGAAACACGAGUGUACAUAGUAUUGUUGUAUAUUGUAGAUUAAGAGCCUGUACGGCUGUAUUCAAGAGUUGUA